AUGCCAUCAAUUAAUGUUUUAAAUGUAAUGGAAGAUUUGGCAAUGAAAUCAAUUUUGAAAAAUGGAUGGUUUCAAACUUGUGAAAUACCAGAAGCAUUGAAAAUUCGACACAGAGAUUCUUUGAAUAAUUUGGAAAUUAGAAGGAAAAAUGGGUUUAUUAUACAACAUGGAAUAUGUCGAACUAAUUGUGUUGAUUGUUUGGAUCGAACAAAUGUUGCACAAUUUGUUAUUGGUGAGAUAUUUUAUAGAUUGAAAGGAAGUAAAAUGAAUUCUCAAAAUAAUUUUUUCAUUAACAAAGGAAUACUUGUGUUAAAAAAGUUAAAAACAAGAAAUUCCAAAAAAAAAUUAAGGAAAAAUGUUCAAUAGAGUUUUCAAUCGAAUAUAAAUUUGAAUAAGAAAGAUCCGAAUGUCCCAUAAAAAAUGAACGAUUUUUAGCCAAAGUUGCACUUGGUUGUCAAUUAUGUGCUUUUGGAAUACUUGAUGAACCAAAUCUGAAUCUUCAAGGAGAAGUUUGUCGACUUCUCGAAGAUAUGUUUGAUGAACACGGUGAUACAAUGGCUUUACAAUAUGCUGGAAGUCAACUUGUUCAUUCAAUUAAACAUUAUAAAAAGACGGCUGCUUUCCAGGUAUUUUCUGAUUUUCUCAGAAAUUAAUUACAUUUAUAUUCCAGGAACGUCGCCGUGAUGUUUUUCAAACACUUUCUCGAUAUUACAGUAAUACAUUUGGAGAUUAUGAUAAACAAACUGCAAUUAAUUUGUUUUUGGGAGUUUUCAAACCGAAAAUUUCGAGUCAAAAACAUUUGUGGGAAUUGACAAGCGAUUAUUUUCUACAUUUUCCAUAUAAUUUGAAAAUUCAAACUGAUUAUUGUGCUUGGAUUUUGUCAGAAAAAGAGCUUGAGAAUAUUGUAUUUUUGGAAUCUGAAGAUGAAGAUGGAGAAUUUUAUAAAGUUGAAUGGAAAGAUGUUGAACAAGGUUAGUUGUUUUUUGAACAAAAAAAUAAUAUUUUUUCUCAACAAUCAUCUGUUCCAUUUUUUGUACAUUGAACAGAAAGUACAUGUGAUUGUAUUAUUUCAUUCUGCAGACAUAUUUAUGUCUGAUGAUACUUUGAACUGAAAAAUAGUUGCGAUUAUCUUGAUUUUGAUAAGAAAAAUAAAACAAAAGUUAAAUUUUUAGAAACUCGUCGUCCAAGUGAUUCUGAUCAAUAUAGAACAUUAAAAAGCUCAUCAACUGAUGAAUUUAGAGAUUAUUAUCGAACUUAUGAAUUUACACCUUUGGAUGAUCGAGUUGGAAGAUUAUUGAGUAUUGAAAAUCGGGCAAUUCAUAUUGAUGGAAUAAAUCAGGAACCAACAACACAUGCACAAUUCUUGAAAUUAUGGAAAACUAGUGUAAGAAAACUGAUACUUUUAUAAUUUAGAAAUUAUUUUGUAUUUAGGAAACCAAAGAGACAAAAACAUCUUCAAAACCAACGAAUAAAGAAAGCGACGAUGAAGAUGAUGAAGAAGAAAUAAUAACAUCAACUCAGUGGUCAGAUGUUGUUGAUGCACAAAAAGAAUGGUAUGAUACGGUUAAUCGACAUGGAAAUGUUCUACCAAAUCGUUCUCAAAAUUUGCCACGAAAAGAUAAAUCGGAAUCGAAAAAGAAUAGUUUAUUGAGUACUGGUUUGAAAUUUGCGAAAGAUAUUUAUAAAUUGGAUCAUUUGAAAACAACAGCAGAAGAGAGAAAAUAUUAUGAAAAAUAUUCGAAAUUGGCAUGGAAAUGUGAUAAAAAUGAUUGGGAACAAUUCAAACCAACAUUAUUGGAAUCGAAACAAAAUGAGCAAAAACGAAGAGCCACAUUUUUCACGGCCGAUGAUUGUUUUAGAGUUAGUUGAAACGGGAGGGGGUUUACAUUUUUUAAUUGAAAAUCUUUAUUAUUGUGAUUUUAUUUGAAGAUCUCAAUUUGUAUCCAUUGAGAAAUUCUGAAAUUGAAAAAAUGAACAAACACAAUCACAAUUAGAAUUAGAACAUAUUCCAAAAAGUUUGGGACAAAAUUUAGAUAGAAUGUUUGUUCCAGUUUUUUCGCAUUUCAGAAUUGAAUAUUUCUGUGCUGAAAAUUCAGACGAAUAUUUUUAAAAAUAUGAAUAACGAGUUUACGAUUUCAUUUUGAAAAAUAAAAGACAAAAGUUCAGAUCUUAUUUAAAUCUAAGUUUUUCUUCCUGGUGUUCUUAAAAAUUCUCAAAAAUUUUUAAAUAGCUGGAAUUCUAAAAACUCAAGCUCUCAAAUUUAGACGGAAAAUCCAGAAGUAUCAAAAGCAUCUCGCAAAUUUUAUGAGAAAUCAGUUGAUCCGCUCUUGAUGAAUAUAUCAAAACAUGAUAUGAAUACUUUUGCCAAAUAUGUGCCAAUGGGUUCAUAA